AUGGUAAUUUUGAUCAGUGGUGCAACAGGAACAGUCGGUCGUGAGGUAAUCCGAGCUCUCAAUGAUCAAGCUGCAACCACUCUGAAUAAAAUCAAAGUGAGAGUGUUGGUCCGUAAUGAAGAAAAGGCUCGUUCUCUUUUGGAUCAAUACGAGAAUAUUCAAGCCUCUUACGUGGUGGGAGAUUUGAAUGAUCUUGAGAAGGUUCGGGUGGAUGAUUUGUUUUCCAAUGUGGAGCGAUUAUUCCUUCUUACCAUCUCUUCACCAUGGCAAGCAAAGAUCGAAUCGGGAUUUGUUCAUUUGGCCGUGAAAUAUUGUAUCACUUUGAAGCAAAUUGUUCGAGUUUCAGCAUUGGGAUGUUCUCCAGAGCGUGAUUUGAAUUGUUUGAUGAGAUGGCACCAUGACGCAGAGAGAGCCAUUGAACGUUUGGUGGAUAACACUGAAGUGAAAUUGGUCAUUUUGAGGCCCAACUUGUUUUUGCAGAAUUUCCUCACGCAGGAUUUGAGAGUCAUCAAAUCACAGGGUGCGUUUUAUCGACCAAAGAGUGAUCUUUCUGUACCUUAUCAAAUUUCACAUGUGGAUGUGAGAGAUAUUGGAGAUAUGGCAGCUGUGGUGUUGACUGAUCCUGUAGAAAAGCAUGUCAAUCAGACCUAUAACAUUACUGGUCCACAGUCCUUAAGUUACGAUCAAUUAGCUCAAAUUAUUACAAGGGCAACUGGUGCUGAAGUGAAGCAUGUACCAAUUCCAGAGGAGGUCUUUGCCAAUAAUUUUCAACAAAUGAACAUGCCAUCGUUUGUGGUGUGGAUGCUUGUGAAAUUAUUCCAAAUGUACAAACUGAAUGGAAUCACUGCCAAUGUUCAUGGCGAUUUUAAGAUUGUCACUGGAAAGGAACCAAGAUCUGCUGAUCAAUUCUUUACUGAUUUUAAGAGUGAAUUUCAAUAA